AUGACGAGAAAGAAGGUGAAACUUGCUUUCAUUGAAAAUAACUCGUCGAGGAAAGCAACCUUUCAAAAAAGAAAGAAAAGUUUGCUGAAGAAAGUGAAGGAGCUCUCGACUCUCUGUGGUGUCACUGCCUGUGCCAUCAUCUACAGUCCUAAUAACUCCAUUCCAGAUGUGUGGCCAUCGACUUCUGGUGUGCGAAGGAUAGUUUUGGAUUUCCAGACGUUGCCGAAGAUGGACCAACACAAAAAAAUGGUGGACCAAGAGACCUUUCUCAAACAGAGGAUCGCCAAAUUGUCCGAGAAUCUGGGGAAACUGGAGAAGGAUAACAGGGAGCAAGAGAUGAUUGAAGUCAUGUUCCAAUGUUGGGAUAGUAGCCUGGAGAGGUUUCAUCUCAAUAUUUUGGAUCUCAAUGACUUAGGCUAUGUGAUUGACCAAUAUCAAAGAGAUAUUAAUCACAAAAUCGAGAUAUUGGAGAGUUCUAGUAUUGAGAUGGGUGAAUCUUCUAAUAAUGCUGUCACUGCGGCUGCGGCUCAUUUUUCAGAAGGCAUUGGAUCUUUGGCAGUUGCUUCGGCUACAACCGCACCAGCCGCUAUAAUUCAUGAGGUUUAUUCUUCCUCCUCUUCUGCUGCUGCCGCAGCUUAUUUUAACUCUAUUCGGCAACAGCAACAUCAUCAUCAACAUCAAAAAUUUCGUCAUCCUGCCACUCCACAUGUUGGGUUGUAUGAGCAAACUCGAAAUAUGAAUCUGAGUCAAAUUCAUAAUCAGAUCCCGCAACAACGGUUUAUGGAGAUGAUGAACAACCAUCCUGAGCAAAUGAAUUAUGAAUCUCAGCAUAUGGAUAACCACCACAACCCCUUCCACCACCACCAGCACCACCACCACUAUCACUACCCUCAACAGCAACAACAGCAAAUCCCCAGUGAUUCCUCUACUGCUCUGACCACAGCCAGCUCAAGCAGUAUCUUACCAGUCCAAAUUUUACCAAUAAUACAUUGUUCCUUUAGUGUUUCGAGAAUGGACAUUCACAUUCUGAUAAGCAAAAAAUAA